UUAAGGUUAUGUUUAUGAUAAAUGUUUAAAAAGUCUCAUUUAUUUAAUUAUAACAAUCAGUGUUAUGAAUAUUAAAAUAUUAUUGAAACUCAUUAAAUCAAUCUAUAGUGAAAGUGUAUUUUGAAUUACUGUAAAAUACUACAAUGUCGAAGGUAACCAAAAGAAAGCAUGUUAUGAAUGAAACUCUCUGGGACGAUUAUGAAUUGCCUAAAGAGAAUCAAUCAGUUGUUAAAGUAUUGAAAAGUAAAGGGAACAACCUGCAUGAGGUUACAACUCCAAGUGGCGAGGAGUACUUGGUUUCCAUGCCAACGAAAUUCAGGAAAAAUAUAUGGGUGAAGCGCGGCGACUACAUUCUAGUGGAGCCUAUCCUUGAAGGUGAUAAAGUGAAAGCCGAAAUAGUGAAAAUCAUGAAUAAGGACUCUAUAAAAUACUAUAAAGACAAUAAUGUGUGGCCUAAGGAAUUUGAAGAUAGCAAAAAAGAAGUAAAAGAGGAUGCAGAUGAUGAUUAUGAUAUAGUUGCAAAUACAAAUAGGAACCACAUGACUUUAGAUCAUGGUGAGGGUUUCUCUAGUGAUUCCGAUUCUUCAUGCUCUAGUGAUGACAGUAGUGAAAUAGAUACAAAAUGAAUAAAUUUGCUCCGUUGUCAAACUUAAUAAUUUAUUCAAAUGAGGAUUCUACUUUUAUCAUACAAUUUGUAAAUAAAUAUUUCUAUAUGUAUAA